AUGCUCGCCAACGAAACGGUCCUCGAAGCACCCGUCACCCCAGCCCCGGUAUUCGCAUACCGGGCGUUGAAAGGCUUCUUCAUCUCCUCACCCGACUCCUCGCCAGACCAUGACAAUAAAGAGAACGUCCACCCGGAUAUCAAGACAUCGCCUACCAAGAUGGAUAAUGGCCAGCAGCGGCUUCAGCUGACGCCGUCACACAAGCGGAAAUGGGACAGCGUGAGAACGGGGACAGUGGUAUCGCCCACGAAAGGCAUCCUGCGCACACCAGGGCUGGUGACGCCUAGGACCAAGGCCCUCAAAGAGCUCAAUGUCAAGUUCAAGAGUGUGAGUCCAGAAGUGGUCGAGCAGCACAAGAACGUUGCAACUACACUUCCCGAAGCUGGACCGGAUGACCAUAUGCGUCGAGUAAGCCAGGAUGGGUUCAGCUCUGGCCGUGGAGCACAGCACGCCAUGAAACCCUCGAAAUCUAUGGACAACAUCCCGAACAGCCAACCUACGGUCGGAAAGGGUUCUCUCCGGUCCUCAUCGCAACAAAAACAACCCGCCAAAGUGACGCGGUCUAUAGACAAGUCAACGUCCUCGACGACAUCUACGAGCACGACAACGGCCGAGACACUACUGUCCCCUGAUGCCAUCCAGGCGUACAUGCAACAAACGGAGAAAGAGAUGAAGCGACUAUUGCGGUAUAACCAGAAGAUGCGCGAAUAUGCACGCAAGAAGGACGCGGAGAACCAGGAACUACAGGCCAUGAUUGAACAACUUCGGAAGGAAAAUGAGCGCUUCCGAAGCGGACUUAUUCCUGGUGCACAGGGUCGGGAGGACCAUGUUGGUUUCGCCAGUGCCAGUGCAGAAGUCAGCCGCAGCCAGGGAACAGAUGGGGGCCAUACUACGAUUGGCAAGUCUACACAAUCGAAUCCGACAGCACCCACUCAAAUCAGACAACCUUGUUCGCCAUUUCAGCCGUCGAAGAACCCUGGUCCGGUCGAGCUGCGGGAAAACAUGGACAUGGGUCUUGGAAAAUCCGACAAUGUUCUCGCAGCCGUUGGCAUGGCUACUGCCACCAAAAACACAGACUUGUCAUUCGGUGUACGCGCUCCUCCAGCUACGAUAACUGGUCAAGGCACGGUGUCACUGGCUGGGGCAGAAUCCGAAGCAGGAGCACCAUCAGGACCCGAAGUAAGGUUAGGAGGAAGCACCCGCCUGCCUCCUGAUCGAUUAGCAGCAGCUCGCGAGCGGCUCCGUCAACGUGCGGAAGCGAGGAAAACAAGUGCCUGCGUUACCAAUGCCUCUGUCAAGAAUUUUUCCUCCUGCAGGGACCAGGCUGACGAAGGCUCGGGAGCACUGGGCCAAAAGCGAGAGUACUAUCACGAGCUAAUCAGAAACGAAUCCCAUAAUCGAAACCCGGAGCAGAACCAGACCCAAAUCAGCACGCAUCUUGAGGUCCACAGCCGUGAUCAGAGUCAAGUCGACUGGCUCGAUCUCUAA